CGAAGCUUCGGCAAGAUUUCAAGUGCUGAGUAUAAACUAAGAAGUGCCACAUAGGGGUAAGCAUAGACAUGCCGUAUUUUGUAUGUGAACACUUCAAUUUGGAGGGUAUAAAUGUUUGUUUUGAAGACGAUCCUUUCGUCUUUUUUAUUAGAUUAGCUUUCGGUCGGGGAGAAAUAAGGCACGUCGAUAUCCUUCGAUGGUCCGUUAUAAAAGAGAGUGUCCAUUUAUUCUCUUACCUCCACCUACGCCCUUACGCUAAUCGCUUACACUAAUAUUUAUGUCCUACUGCCAAGCUUAUUAUAUCGCGCUACGUGCGCGUAUACGAUUUUAUGUCAAAUCGUUACAGGGCUCGCUGUCGUUACUCUACAGUUUAAAUGGAACAUAAUUCAUUUUGUAAUGAGCGCCGAAACGGAUUUCGUCGAACGGAGUCCGCGCUGGCCGAUUACCUACAGCAAAAUCGGAUUUUACCAUAUUUUCGUCAAUUUUCUCACUUUGAGGCUUUUUGAAAAAUUCAGAAACCAUGUAUAUUGUAAAUGUAAAUGUAAAUGGAAUACCACUAGCUUCACUUAAUUGAUGAAGGUACUCUUUAGCAAGACUUCUGAAAAAUCAGGCCGAUAUCUGAGAAAAUCUUGAGAAUCCAAGCACUUCAAAAAGCCUUGAAUUGUAUGAGGCCUAGUAGAAGUUGGUAGUUACUUUUCCUUAAAAAAAGCCACAUAGUUUACGAAUAUUUGCCGACAUAGUGCUAAAAUUAUGAGUUAUCCUUAUUAGUGAUUAGCGUUGUGAAAUUGCAGCAUUUGUUCUUCGUGUGUCGAUAUGUUGAGGUGAUAUACGAGGUUUAAAAAACUGUCCAGACAGUCUCAAAGUUAGUAUAUUUGUAGAGAGGGUAUAGGUUCAUGAAAUUCGUUUAUUGACUGUUCGCUUCGACUUCCCGAUUGCUACUGCUACCCCUCAGACAUUUAUAAUCGAAGUAAAUUUCUUUUCGUUCCCAAUUGACAAAUUAUACCAGGGUUGUCGAGUUCCAUUCGCACACGGCCUUUCCUGACCUACAUUCGUCCCGAAUGUCCCCAUGGCUUUAAGACAUCCGCAGCACUAGUGGUCACUCUAGGACCUUCCUUACUAUCAUCUAACUUUCUCAUUUCAUACCGCCCAUAUGGCAUUUUCUUAAUUAUUUCAUAAGGACCAUAAAACCUUUGCUUAACCUUUUUUCCUGUGACAAAUUGUGUUACAGGCAAGGCUACAAUAUCACCCACUUGAUAGAUGCGUGCUGGUCUUCUGCGAAGAUUAUAAUACUUCCUGUUCUCUUCCUGAAUCUUCUGAAUUCCAUCUCAAGCACAUUUUUGCCAUUCAUUCCGGGUUUCUUGAAAAUUAUUUCGCAGCUGCUCUGCCAAUAGAGUAGUUAAUCCUACACUUUCUUUAGUCAUCAUUUUCACCUAAUAGUAAUUCAAACGGUGUUGUUUGUAUCGCUUUUUGCCAACUAUUAAUCAACACUUUCUGAACGUCAGUGACAUAUUUGUGCCAUUCUUCUGAAUUCUUAAUAGAAAGUUUCGUCAGUACUGGUAUGAUCACACGAUGAAUUCGCUCGGCUUGACCAUUAUUUCUAGGAAUCCCUGUAGUUAUCGUAUGUGUCUCUAUUCCACUAUCUUCACAAUAUUUUUGAAAAGCUUCUGACGUGAACGCUGCUCCACGGUCAGAAAUAAUGCUCCUAGGAUCUCCAAACAUAGUAGCCACUACUUCCAAUUUCUUCAAAACUUCCUGCGCUGAAGUCGUCUUUGUCGGAAACAUCCAAACAAACUUGGUGAACGCAUCAAUAAUAGUCAACAUAUAAUUAUAAGAUUUUCGAGUCGAUGGCAUGGUUCCCAAAUGAUCCAUAUGAACAUCAAUGAUCCACUCAACACAAUUGUUAAUACAGUCAUUAAUCAUUAACAGCCUUUAACCGCUCCAUAGUUUCUUCACUCCAAAAUGUGCUUGUUCAUGCGCUCGCCUAACUAUUCCUACCUCUGUUGUUUACCAACAGCGGUUCUAGUUUGACAGCUGCGUUGUGGUGAAGUGAGAGAGAGGGACAGGUAGCACAGGCGAAACAAACACGGGCGAAAUAGAAAGAGUAGGAAUGGUUCAUCCCGAAGGAGCUUCGCGUGCAACGGAUGAACCUGCGCAAAUUAAGUGGAAUGACCGCAAUCGGGUUUGCGUGAAGUUUUAAAACGGGCACGAAGACGAAAAUCGACCUCUUUCUACCAUCGCGCCAAGAGAAGAAAGUUCAGUGAAUUUUUUAAUACAGUUUAAGUGAAUUAAGAAAACUGAUGUUUCAACUUUAAAUUCGCGAAAGAAAGAGCUAUGUUGCUGGACGCAACAACCUCCAUGGAACGUGAUUAAAAACAAAGUUUCAAGUAAAGUACAAGGAGAGAGUUACUGGAGCGGAUUUGUUAUACGAGGAUCUACUGUAUAUUCAUAUAAAUUAUAUAGUUACAUAAUGAUAAUGCUGAUGUGUUUAGUAAUUUUGUUAUUGUUUUGCUGUAUCUUCAUAACUUUGUUGAGCCGACACAAAAAGCCUCCGGGACCAUAUGGUUUUCCAUUCAUUGGAUGCUUAACAUUAAUUGACCCUCUUAAACCAUACGAAACUUUUUCUCGACUUGCACGACAAUAUGGUACUACAUACGGGUUGUGGAUGGGACAAGUUUAUACUGUAGUACUAACUGAUCCUACCUUAAUUCGAACCAUUUUGUCAAAGGAUGAAGCCACCGGUCGAGCACCCUUGUUUAUUACACACGGUAUAAUGGGAGGUCAUGGAAUCAUUUGCGCUCAAGGCAAUUUAUGGCGCGAUCAACGCCGAUUAUCAAUCGAUUGGCUUCGUAAAUUGGGAAUGGUUAAGUAUGGAUGUGCUCGAUUAAAUCUUGAACGGAGAAUUAAUUCUGGACUUAUCGAAAUGCUUCAGGACAUUGAUAAUAUGGUAGAUAAGGCACCACAAGGUUUAAACCCAUCUCCUAUCAUACAUCACGUGCUCGGAAAUUUAUUAAAUGAUUUAGUUUUUGGUAUAAAAUACGAAAAGAACAAUGUUACAUGGAAAUAUUUACAGCACCUUCAAGAAGAAGGUGUGAAGCAUAUUGGAGUAUCUAUGGCUGUGAACUUCUUACCAUUUUUGAGAUAUUUACCUUCUACUCGUAGAACAAUCAAUUUUCUUCUCAGUGGAAAACAUCAAACACAUGCUAUUUAUGAUGCUUUGAUAUCCCAUCAACGAAGCAAGUUGCGUUCUUGUGAUACAUUUAUUGAAGAGCAGGAGGAGUGCAUAUUAACAUAUUUUUUAAAAGAAGCCGCAAAACGACAAGAAGCAGGUCGACCGGAUGCUGCAUUUUGCGAUGACAUACAGCUACGCCAUUUGAUGGCAGACUUGUUCGGGGCAGGUGUGGAUACUACAUUUACUACGAUUCGAUGGGCUUUGCUAUAUAUCGCCCUAUAUCCAACUGUUCAAAAGCGUCUUCGAGAAGAACUGAGACAAAGACUGGUCGUGAAUGAGCCACCUUCGUUGAAAGAUGUGGAGGCUUUGCCCUAUUUACGGGCAACCAUCGCGGAAGUGCAGCGAAUUCGUACCGUUGUUCCGCUUGGUAUACCUCAUGGAACAACUAAGGAAAUAAAGAUUGGUGAUUUUAAAAUUCCAUCAAAUACAAUGAUCAUGCCUGUAGUAUGGGCUGUGCACAUGAAUCCUAUACUAUUCAACGCGCCAAACACUUUCAAGCCAGAACGGUUCCUGGAUUUAGAGGGGCGCUUCUCCAUUCCAAACUACUUUCUUCCAUUUCAAGUCGGUAAACGUAUGUGUUUGGGCGAAGAGCUUGCUAGAAAUAUUCUUCAUUUGUACAUCGCCAAUAUAGUGUAUCAUUACGAUUGGAUUCGGAUAUCUCCUGAGGAUGCUAUGUUGAUUGAUUUAACAGGAAAUUGUGGAUUAACCUUAACUCCCCCAGACUAUAUAAUUAUAUUCUCGAAAAAUAAUAAAUAAAACUGUUAAAAACGUUGUAUCAAUUUUAUUAUAAUUUUACGCAUAAUUAUACUUUUUUUUUGUUAAAUAUAAAGCAAAAUGAAUAUCAAUUGUUUAGGAUUUAAAUGCGCCAAAUGUAGGCAAUUUGUUGUAUACGCGAAGUAAGCCGUAAAACCAAGAGCAGCGCCAUCUCGAGGCAAUAACACAACUAUUCCAUACUUCACAGUAGCGCCAUCUUCAUAGUUAAUUAUGCAAACUAUGGGGUCAAAGGGUGGUGUAUUGGCUAAUCAUAAGGAAACAUUUGUAUGUUCACGGAAAGAGGGGAAAUUAAGCCAGCGUACAAACCCCAAAAGGUAAACAUCGCUAACGGAACACAGCACUUUGUAAUAACUACCCCAAGAAAUACAUGCAGAAUUCAGUUAACAGCACA